AUGCGGCUGGCCUGCGCCGUCAUCGCUGGAAUCCUGCACUACCUCUUCCUGGCCUGCUUCGCCUGGAUGUUCCUGGAGGCCGUGGUGCUCUUCCUCACCGUCCGCAACCUCUGGGUCGUCAACUAUUUCAGCACCCACAGCCCCAAGAUGGGGCACCUGAGCCUCUUCGGCUACGGCUUCCCCGCCCUGGUAGUGGCCGUCUCGGCGGCGGUUAUGCCGGAGGGCUACGGCAGACAGGAAAACUGCUGGCUCAGCAUGGAGAAGGGGUUCAUCUGGAGUUUCCUGGGGCCGGUGUGUGUCAUCAUCGGGAUGAAUUCCGUCCUUUUCGCCUUAACCCUCUGGAUGCUGCAAAGAAAACUUUCCAGCCUGAACACUGAAGUGUCCACCCUCAAGGACACCAG